AUGGAAAUGUAGACUUUAACGCAUGAGCUUUCAAUAAAAAAGAGAUAUUCUUCAUUCCUUUUUUCUUCACUUUUUCUCUUCACCAUUUCACACUUUGUCCCUAUUACUCCCUAGAAUCUCUCGCUCUGUCUCAUGCACACACAGACACACACUAGUGGAUUCCUUGCUUUUGCUUCAAAUCUCUGCUAAUAAUCUUGAUUUCAUUCUUUUCUCUCACCAUAACCCCAUAUCAAUUUUGUUCUAUCCAUAUUCAAAGCCCCACAAUUUCUCAAAUCUUUGUGCUACAAGAAACCCUAGUUCUUUCUAAAUUCAUAGAUUCUCAAACACCUUUUUCCUGAUUUGGUGAAUAUAUGGUUCAUAAUACGUUGUAAUUCAGCUUAAAGGUGUUGAAUUCAGCGGAAUUUGGGUUUGAUUGUUUUUGAAAGGGGAAUUGGAUAAGAAAGUUUGAAGCUCAAGUUUUGGUGGAUUUUGUGGUUUGAAUUAAGGGUUUUUUAUUUAUUUUUUAUAUGUAGUGAAGUUUAUUUAAGGAUAAGAAGAUGGAGAAAUACGAGCUUGUGAAGGAUAUAGGGUCUGGGAAUUUUGGUGUUGCAAGGCUCAUGAGGAACAAGGAGACCAAAGAGCUCGUGGCAAUGAAAUACAUUGAGAGAGGACACAAGAUUGAUGAGAAUGUAGCAAGGGAAAUCAUUAAUCAUAAAUCACUUCGGCAUCCAAACAUAAUUCGCUUCAAGGAGGUGGUAUUGACUCCCACUCAUCUUGCCAUUGUUAUGGAAUAUGCAGCUGGUGGAGAACUGUUUGAGCGCAUUUGCAAUGCAGGAAGGUUCAGUGAAGAUGAGGCCAGAUACUUUUUCCAGCAGCUUAUUUCAGGUGUCCACUACUGUCACAACAUGCAAAUAUGUCAUAGAGAUCUGAAACUGGAGAAUACCCUUCUUGAUGGAAGUGCAGCUCCACGCUUGAAGAUAUGUGAUUUUGGAUACUCAAAGUCAUCCCUGUUGCAUUCAAGGCCAAAAUCAACUGUUGGGACUCCAGCUUAUAUUGCUCCAGAGGUUCUCUCCAGAAGGGAAUAUGAUGGCAAGCUGGCUGAUGUUUGGUCAUGUGGAGUGACACUUUAUGUGAUGCUGGUUGGGGCAUACCCUUUUGAAGACCAGGAGGAUCCAAAGAACUUUAGGAAAACCAUUCAACGAAUAAUGGCGGUACAGUACAAGAUUCCUGACUAUGUUCACAUAUCACAAGAUUGUAGGCACCUUCUCUCUCGCAUAUUUGUUGCCAAUUCUGCAAGGAGAAUCACAAUCAAAGAAAUCAAGUCGCACCCAUGGUUCUUGAAGAAUUUGCCUAGGGAGUUGACAGAAGCAGCACAGGCGGCUUAUUAUAGAAAAGAAAACCCAACAUUUUCACUUCAGAGUGUGGAGGAGAUUAUGAAAAUUGUGGAAGAGGCAAAGACUCCUCCUCCAGUUUCCCGUUCAGUCUCAGGUUUUGGCUGGGGAGGUGAAGAAGAAGAGGAGGAGAAGGAAGGAGAUGUAGAAGAAGAAGUGGAGGAGGAGGAGGAGGAUGAAGAAGAAGAAGACGAAUAUGACAAACAAGUGAAACAAGCACACCAAAGCUUAGGGGAAGUUCGUCUCACCUAAGCGUAAAUUAUCUUGCUUGCUCGCGGAGAACUGUGGACACACACAUAGCCUAUUAUGUCUUUGGCAUUUCCUGUUUGUGUAAAAGUUAUUUCACCUGGGCCUACUUUAUCCUUUUUGCUUGUAGAAAACUAUAGCUAUUAAGUGUGGCAUUUCCUGGUCGUGUCAAGAUUUUCUUUUUUCUGCUGUGUGGAACUUAAAAGAAGUCUGUAAAUUUCGAGUUUUGAGGUAAGGUAGCUUGUGAAUUAUAUUUCCUUAAGACAAAGGCAUUGGUGUACUGAAGUUGAACCUCAGAUGAGCCUGAGUUAUAAUUAAGAGGAAACUUUGGUAAGUUUUGUUGUAUGCAUCUCGGAUAUAUGCAGAGGAUUUGCAUA